GUAAGAGAAGGUUAGAUAUCGAUUGUAAUUAUCAAUAGAUUGUCUGUAGCACGAUGGAUGACAAACCGUUAGCAAAAGCGUUGAAAGAUUUACCGCUGAGGAUACAGUCAGCUAGCUAUCUCGAACGUUUCCAAGUAUUUAAAGCUCUAAACGAUGCCUUCUCCGACACGUCUUCUGAUGUUAGUGAAGGUGUUAUUAAAGGAGUGUGUAGAGUUUUAAUCUUUACUCUACCGAGGUACCAUAAGAGUUCUUCAAGAAAAUUGGUACAAGAUUUCAUACUCAUUCUACUCAAACACCACAAUGUACCAACAGUUCAACAUCUUUCCAACACAUUGGCUGUGUAUUCUACAGCCUAUAAAAAUCUUGCAUCAUCGGAAACCUUGGCAAAGGAACUGCUUGCUGCCUUUGAUUGGUCCUAUAAAUUACUGGUUCAGGGAUUCAAAGAUGCCUCAAAUUGUACAGGUGUUCCUUUCCAGAAGUUGGUAGAAGCCCAAUCCUGUCUGUACACCAGUAUUUUGGCUUCCAAAUCCAAAAAGAUGUCUGCAAAAGCAUAUCACAAAUUGGUUCAAGGGUGGAAACAAAUUCCAGGAUCAGAAGUGAAAUACUGGGAAGCCCUGUGUGAGCUUGAAACAUCUUUCCAGUCUUUGGUACUGAGCUGCGCAGUCUUGAGUUUUGUUCAAGCCAAUAAGAAUGCCGAGCUGUUAUCGUCGAUGAGACGGUCAUUGUUAGACUCCUUCAUUAAAGUAGCAAUCACUACGAAAGUCAAGCCAGAUGCUUACUUCGUGGAGCAGUGUAAGCCGUUUCUGAAGCUCCUGACGCACGAAGAUUUCAAAGGCCUGCUCCUUCCAGCUUUGCUUAAAGCUAUGCUCAGAAGCCCGGAAAUCAUUCUUGGGUGUGUUGGUCAAGUGCUUGCCUCUGUAUCCAUCGAUCUGAGUGCUUAUGCCGCUGAUUUGGCCAAACCAAUAGCCACAUGCCUUCACUCGAAAGAGGAUCUUACACGUGAGGAGGCAGCCUUUGCCACAGAGGCCUUGGCCAAGCAAUGCAGUGAGGCAACUGCAGUUCGCAGUCUGCUCAACCUGUUGUUUGGUGUUCUGCAAGGAUCAGAAGGAAAGCUGACUCUUUCCUCGCAUAAGAUCUCCAUUCUCGAAGGUAUCGGUCACUUGAGCAAGCAUUGUGUGACUGGGAAAGGCGCGCAUCAGUUAAGCUGCGACGCCGCAGAACACUUUGUCAAAAUUCUGGAAACAGAAGUCCACGAGGGAACCCUUACCCGAGCUCUUUCUUCGUUGCUUUUAUGGGCUAAUCGGUUCACUGCUGCAAUUCCAAAAUCGAUCAUGGAAAUGUUUAAGAAAGGCAUGGCGUUGAAAACAUCCACACCUGCAGUAAGAACUGGGUAUAUUCGAUGCAUGACCGCCUCGUUACACGGAGAAAGCUUGCCUCAAGGAAUUGAAUUGAUCCCUGUCUUGUUGAAAUCCCUGGAACGAGCAGCUGCACAGCCCACACAAGCGGCUAUCGUCUCGGAAGGCUUAUCAGCCGCUACGCUGUUGUUGCGAUGCGCUAGUUUAGAUGAGAAGGCGGCAAGUCAGUGUGGUCCUUUGUGGACCAUCAUUUCAGAUACAGAUAAACUGUUAUUUGUCAACGAGAAGAUGUUGUCUUCAUACAGCGAAGAGACUUGGCUCGAAGUGGUUUUGCUUUGCGAAUCGCUUUUUGUCACCCACGAACAACGGAUUGGUGACAAAACGGCGCCAUACUUCCGUGCGAUCGUUCUCGCUCUCACCAGACCGAAUUUCACUCUUCGUACACGAGCAGCUUCAGCGGUGAAGAAGAUUCUUCCACCUACCAUCAAAACAAGUCUCGAUCGUUCGCUAGCCUUGAUUGCCGAGUUCACCAAUUUCCUGCACACGGCCAAAGUCGUUAGUGGCAUCCGAAAUCGCGAAGAGGGCGAUACAUCUGGAGUGCUUUCUGCAACUCUGAAUGAGACGGACGCCAAUUCGCUGAUAUUCUGCUUGCAGACAAUCACUUCUUUAAAGGGACGGUCUCAGGACAAUUACAAUCGAUUGGCUGUAGCGUGUUUCAAAGCCGCUCAUCAUCCGGCCAUCGCUGCCAUUCAGCCUCUUUGCUGGUAUUACAUCGUCAAACACUUUGGACAGGUCCCCAAAACCCUCGUGAGUCGAUGCUACGCCCAGUUGAAGGAGGACUUGAUCAAGAAUCACCAACCGGGUCUUUGGCCAGAAGCAUCUUUGUCUGGACUCAUGAAAUUAGCUCCUGAAGAAACCAUCAAAGACGUGCUGGAUGCCAUAAGCGCUACGUUAAGCCAAGAAGAGUUGCUGAGGGUCACUCGCGACGAUUACUUCACUUUCUUGACGCCAGAAGGUGAACUUUACGACAGAAGCGUCUUGGAAAAUACGAAAGAAGAAGCUGCUCGAAAUAUCAAACGCGAAUCGAAAGCCUAUUCGUACAAGGAGCAGAUGGAAGAACUCCAACUCAUCCGAGAACUGGAAGAAAAACGUAUACGAGAGGGCAAGAAGAAAGCUCCCGAAAUGUCUCCUAAACAAAAAGAGGCCAUCCGUGUCCAACUGGAGAAAGAAAGUGCCGUUAGAAGCAAAGUCGCUGCGUUGGAUGUCGUUGUCCGUCAGGUAUGUUCCAUGCUGAAAUCUGCCAUUGACAACGUUCCGGGCGUGCUGUCGAAUCAGCUGACUCAGUUGAUUCCCUGGAUGAUGCGAGCUAUGGGCUCUCCAGUGGCAGCUCCGUUACUCCAACCACUCUGGAUCGACCUGAGGAAAUCAGUUUUUGAACCUGACAUGGAACUUUUGGCUAAGAGCAUUGCUCACGUCACGCUUCGUCUUGUUAAGCCCAUGUGCGAUCUGGACCCGUCGUGGGAAACUGAAUCGCUAGAUGACGCCUCACGACGUGUUCUCAAGCAGCUCAUUGGCGCUACUGCCACUCCGCUGAGCGCUCCGACUUUCACGUACUCCUUUCCUUUUAUCCGGGGUACUUUAAAACUGCUCAGCUCUAAAGAAGAAGCAUUGGCUGCACAGGGUAUCCAGCUAAUUGAGCGUCACGCUGGCCUGAGAUCGGUCGGUCAGUCCGGCCAAACUUAUCCACAGAACAACCCCCGUUUGCUUCCAUUGAAAGAGAUGAUGGAGUUGCUCAUUAACUUGAUUGGUACAGCUUCUGGCAGAGAACAACAAACGGCCUACUCGGCUUUGCUGGAGGUAGCAGCCGCUGCUACAGGGAAACCUGGUUGCGCUGUGGCCACCGACGAGGAAAUCAAUUGCUUGCUCCAGGGUCUCGAGAGUAGCGUCGACUCUGUUCGUGACGCUUGCCUGCACAGUUUGAGCGUCCUUUUGCCCAUCCUGACACGCAAUCGUGUCAAGACGUUUACUACUCAUCUGAAUCACAGGCUCUGGGUGGCGAAGUUUGAUGUUGUUCCCGAGAUCCGCGAAAAGGGCGAACAGCUAUGGGCUGCCGCCCAACUUCAGCCCGUCAAAAAUAUGUUCGAGCUUGUGCUUGAAGAUGUCACCCACAUGGUGGAGCCAAUCAGGGCAGCUGGAGCCGAGGCCCUUGCGUCCGCAUUGCAGCUCAAUACGGCUGAAGUGGAUCCUACAGCCAAACGCCUCAUCAAAUUGUAUGGCGAAAGAUUGGAGUUGACACCGGCCGUCAAGGAUAACUUUGGUCGGGAAUUGCAGCCACCGAUGGACAUUUGGCAACCCCGAGCGGGCAUUGGUCUGGCCCUCUACCGACUGGUCCCGUUGAUGGACGAAGUCACUGUUGUCCGUCUGGCGUCGUUCUUCGUACCUAAAGGACUCGGCGAUCGCGAGGACAGCGUCAAGAAGAACAUGUUGAGCGCAGCCGUUGCUAUGGUGGACCAGCACGGCAAAGAAACCAUCACUAAAUUGCUGCCCGUCUUCGAGAAAUUCAUGGAUGUGGCACCCAAGUCCGGCAGCUUUGAUUCGGUCCGCCAGUCAGUCGUUAUUCUGAUGGGCUCACUGGCCCGCCAUUUGGAAAAGGAAGACCCUCGUGUCAAGCCCAUUAUUUACAAACUCGUUGAUGCCUUGUCGACGCCUUCGCAGCCUGUCCAGGAAGCCGUGGCCAAUUGUCUGCCGCCUUUGGUUCCGGCCAUCAAAGAUGAAGUUGCUCCUCUGGUCCAGCGUCUUCUUCAGAAGCUGCUCUCUUCCAACAACUACGGCGAUCGCAAAGGUGCCGCCUACGGUAUCGCUGGUAUCGUCAAGGGCCUGGGUAUCUUGUCGUUGAAGCAACUGGACAUCAUGACGAGUUUGACGGAUGCCAUUCAAAACAAGAAGAAUGUCCGCCAUCGCGAAGGAGCUCUCUUCGCCUUCGAGCAACUGUGUUCGAUGCUUGGCCGUCUUUUCGAACCCUACGUUGUCCACGUUCUGCCUCAUUUGCUACUUUGUUUCGGCGACGGUGACAAAUUCGUCCGUGAAGCAGCCGACGACACGGCCAAGGCCGUCAUGAGCAAAUUGAGCGCUCACGGUGUCAAAUUAGUGUUGCCUUCUUUACUCGCAGCGCUGGAACAGGACUCUUGGAGGACCAAGACGGGCUCUGUAGAGCUCUUAGGUGCAAUGGCCUAUUGCGCUCCUCGACAACUCUCCUCCUGCCUUCCUGGAAUCGUCCCGAAACUAAUUGAAGUUUUGGGCGACAGUCACGUCAAAGUCCAGGCCGCCGGAGCUCAAGCGCUUCAGAUCAUCGGCUCAGUCAUCCGCAAUCCCGAAAUUCAGGCUAUUGUGCCCGUUCUAUUGGAGGCACUUCAAGACCCAGCCAAAAAAACAUCUUCUUGCUUGGCCACUCUUUUGGAAACGAAAUUCGUCCACUUUAUCGACGCGCCAUCUUUGGCCCUGAUCAUGCCCGUCGUACAACGAGCCUUCCAAGACCGUUCCACCGAAACGCGCAAAAUGGCAGCGCAAAUUAUUGGCAACAUGUAUUCGCUGACGGAUCAAAAGGAUUUGAGCCCCUACCUGUCAACUAUUAUACCUGGUCUGAAAGCCUCGCUGUUGGACCCCGUUCCGGAUGUGCGCAGCGUGUCGGCUCGUGCCCUGGGCGCCAUGGUGCGCGGAAUGGGUGAAGCUUCGUUUGACGAUCUGCUUCCUUGGCUGAUGCAAACACUCACGUCCGAAUCAUCGUCGGUGGAUCGCUCGGGUGCCGCCCAGGGAUUGUCGGAAGUUGUGGGUGGCCUGGGCGUCGACAAACUUCACAAACUAAUGCCCGAGAUUAUCGCCACUGCCGAACGCCAGGAUAUUGCCCCUCAUGUCAAGGAUGGCUAUAUAACCAUGUUCAUCUACUUGCCCGGAGUGUUCCAGAACGAAUUUACGCCCUACAUUAGCCAGAUUAUUCCGUCUAUACUGAAGGCCCUCGCCGACGAGAAUGAGUUUGUUAGGGACACGGCCCUGCGCGCCGGACAGCGCAUCGUCAACAUGUACGCCGAUACGGCCAUCAUGCUGCUAUUGCCCGAGCUGGAGUUGGGUCUCUUCGACGACAAUUGGCGUAUUCGCUACAGCUCGAUCCAGCUGCUGGGCGAUUUGCUGUACAAGAUUUCCGGUGUGUCGGGCAAAAUGUCUACAGAGACGGCCAGCGAGGAUGACAAUUUCGGAACGGAGCAGUCCCACAAGGCCAUCAUGGCCACGUUGGGUUCGGAGAGACGUAACCGCGUCUUGGCCGGCCUUUACAUGGGUCGCUCUGACGUGGCUCUACUUGUCAGGCAGGCAGCGCUUCACGUGUGGAAGGUGGUUGUCACCAACACGCCCAGAACACUGCGCGAAAUCCUGUCCACCCUGUUCAAUUUAUUGUUGAGCUGCCUGGCCAGCCCCGUCUACGAUAAGAGGCAGGUGGCGGCUCGAACUCUGGGUGACCUUGUCCGCAAGUUAGGCGAACGUGUCUUGCCCGAGAUCAUCCCCAUCCUCGAAGACGGGCUUAAUUCGGACGAACCCGACACUCGACAGGGAGUUUGUAUUGGACUGUCGGAGAUUAUGGCGUCAACGUCCCGCGACAUGGUGAUGACCUUUGUCGACAGUCUAGUGCCCACCGUACGCAAGGCUCUUUGCGACCCGCUAUCCGAGGUGCGUCAGGCCGCUGCCAAGACGUUUGACAGCCUUCACAGCACGGUAGGCGGCCGAGCCCUGGACGACAUUUUACCCUUUAUGUUGGAAGCGCUCAACGAUCCGGACCAGGGAGAGAACGCCCUAGACGGCCUUCGUCAAGUGAUGGCUAUCAAGCCGCGCGUCGUUCUGCCCUACUUGAUUCCGCAUCUGACGGCCCCACCGGUCAACACCAAAGCCCUGUCGGUUCUCGCUUCGGUGGCCGGCGAUGCCUUAGCUCGCCACUUUAACCGUCUGUUGCCGGCCCUUCUCUCCGCAGUCACGUCUGCAGCCGGAACGCCCACCGAGGCUCAGGAAGUGGAGUACUGUCAGGUGGUGUUGCUGUCGGUUCAGGACGAGCAAGGCAUCCGGGCCAUCAUGGACGAGCUCUUGACUUCGACCAAGUCGGAUAAGAAGGUGAUGCGCCGGGCGGCCGUCUCGCUUUUGGCCGGCUUUUGUACCCACACGAAAGCGGAUUACAGCCAGUACGUGGCGCAGCUUCUUCGCGGCCUCAUCCAUUUGCUGACCGACACCGAUCCGGGCGUUUUGAAUCCGGCCCUCGAGGCCCUGAAUUCCGUCAUCAAGACUCUUGACGCGACCCAACAGAUGGCGCACGUCGGCGACCUUCGUCAAGCCGUUCGCUUUGCCAUGAGUGACCUGAAAGGUCAACCGUUCUUGCCCGGUUGUUGCCUGGCCAAAGGUAUCGCCCCUCUCCUGCCCGUGUAUCGCGAGGCCAUUUUGAACGGACCUCCCGAAAUGAAGGAACAAGCCGCUCAAGGAUUGGGCGAACUGAUCAAGUUGACUUCACCCGAAGCUCUCAAGCCGUCGGUUGUGGCCAUCACGGGCCCGCUUAUCCGCAUCCUUGGCGAUCGGUUCGCCUUCGGUGUCAAGGUGGCCGUUUUGGAAACGCUGGCGCUCUUGCUGGCCAAAGUGGGCGCCCUACUGAAGCCGUUCUUACCGCAGUUGCAGACGACGUUUGUCAAAUCGUUGAGCGAUCCCAACCGCCAGGUGCGGCUCAAGGCGGCCACGGCUCUCAGCCAUUUGAUUGUGAUCCACACUCGAGCCGAUCCUCUCUUUAAUGAGCUGUACACGACCAUCAAGACGACGGACGACUCGUCCAUCAGGGAGACGUCGCUGCAAGCCCUGAGGGGCGUUAUCACGCCGGCCGGUGACAAGAUGAGCGAGCCCAUCCGCAAAUCCAUCUUGGCCACCCUGCAGACGAUGCUGUCCCACCCGGAAGAUACGACCCGUUCGGCUGCCGCCGGAUGCCUGGGCGCCCUCUUGCGACGCCUGCCCGCCGACGAGUUGGAGUCGAUCGUCAACGAGUGCCUCAUUCACGACGAUCCUUCGCUCGACUGGACGUUGCGUCACGGUAAAAGCGCCGUUCUAUCUGUGGCGAUGAAGGAAGCGGCCGAACAGGUUUACACGCCCCAAUGGCGGGACAAGUUGCAUCGCGUCCUCUUGAGUUACCUGGCCGCCGAUCGGAUCCCCAUCGUCUCCAACAGCAUCCGCGCAAUCGGAUUCCUCUUUAGGCAUUUGAUGACGAGCACCAGCCCGGUGUCGUUCCCCGCCCAGCUGAGCCAGCCGUUCGCCAAAACGCUGAAUCACGCCAGCAACGAGGUGAAACAGCUGGUGGCUCAGACGAGCCACUAUCUGGGCCGUCACGCCGACGCUGCCCUGCCAUCGGACUUCCUGAAAGUGCUCUUGCCUCAGCUGGUGAACGGAACCAAGGAGAAGAACACGGCCGUGCGGUCGGCCUGCGAGGCGGCCUUGGUCACUCUGUUGCGUCUGCGUCACAACGACGAGACGCAGCAGCACUGCGUCAACUUGCUCGAUCCCGGAGCUCGCGAUUCCUUGUCUGAGGUCAUUUCCAAAGUGUUGCGCAAGAUGGCCAGUCAACCCGAAACGAAAGAAGAGGAGCUGGACGCUACGCUCGUGUCGUAAAAAAAAAUCUUUUUUCGCGACACGCAUCCGCAUUUCAGCUUAAACAACAUGCACAUCUUUCCUCUUUUUUUCUUUUUUCUUUUUCAUCACCAACCUCCAAUCCGGGUCCAUUUUUUUUUGUUUUUUUUGGGGGGGGUUUGUCGGUUAUCAAGGCGUGCUCUCCUCUCUCUCCUUGAUCCCUGACUCUGUAACCGAUUGCAUUAUCCUCGCUCCUCCAUCUUUUUUCUUGUUCAAAGUCUUUUGUGUUACAAGCACUUUGGCUAAUAAUGCGAUAGUCAUCGUCAUCGUCACGAGAAAAAGAAAGAAACAUGCAAUUUUUGUUGCUUGUUUUUAUUCUUAUUAUUUUUUUUUCUACCUGGAUGAUGACGAUGGUGGUUAAGAAACCCGGCAAAAAGAAAUGACGUGAGCAAAGUAUGUUGAUCGUGUUAAGCAAUUGUUUUUGUUUGAUGAUUACAUUUUUUUUUUUUUUCCGGUGAGGAUUGAAAUUCCCUG